AUGGAUGUGCCCAUCAGAAACAUAUUCGCCUUGGUGCAUCAGAGCCAGGAAGCCCCUUGGUAUCAGAGCCAGGAAGCCCCUUGGUAUCAGAGCCAGAAGCCCCUUGGUAUCAGAGCCAGAAGCCCCUUGGUAUCAGAGCAAGGAAGCUCCUUGGUAUCAGAGCAAAGAAGCCCCUUGGUAUCAGAGCCAGGAAGCCCCUUGGUAUCAGAGCCAGGAAGCCCCUUGGUAUCAGAGACAGGAAGGCCCUUGGUAUCAGAGCCAGGAAGCCCCUUGGUAUCAGAGCCAGGAAGCCCCUUGGUAUCAGAGCCAGGAAGCCCCUUGGUAUCAGAGCCAAGAAGCCCCUUGGUAUCAGAGACAGGAAGGCCCUUGGUAUCAGAGCCAGGAAGCCCCUUGGUAUCAGAGCCAGGAAGCCCCUUGGUAUCAGAGACAGGAAGCCCCUUGGUAUCAGAGCCAGGAAGCCCCUUGGUAUCAGAGACAGGAAGCCCCUUGGUAUCAGAGACAGGAAGGCCCUUGGUAUCAGAGCCAGGAAGCCCCUUGGUAUCUGAACCAGGAACCCCCUUAGUAUCAGAGCCAGGAAGCCCCCUGGUAUCAGAGCCAGGAAGCCCCCUGGUAUCAGAGCCAGGAAGUCCCUUGGUAUCAGAGCCAGGAAGCCCCCUGGUAUCAGAGCCAGGAAGCCCCUUGGUAUCAGAGCCAGGAAGCCCCUUGGUAUCAGAGCCAGAAGCCCCUUGGUAUCAGAGCCAGAAGCCCCUUGGUAUCAGAGCAAGGAAGCUCCUUGGUAUCAGAGCAAAGAAGCCCCUUGGUAUCAGAGACAGGAAGCUCCUUGGUAUCAGAGCAAAGAAGCCCCUUGGUAUCAGAGCCAGGAAGCCCCUUGGUAUCAGAGCCAGGAAGCCCCUUGGUAUCAGAGACAGGAAGCCCCUUGGUAUCAGAGCCAGGAAGCCCCUUGGUAUCAGAGCCAGGAAGCCCCUUGGUAUCAGAGCCAGGAAGCCCCUUGGUAUCAGAGCCAAGAAGCCCCUUGGUAUCAGGGACAGGAAGGCCCUUGGUAUCAGAGCCAGGAAGCCCCUUGGUAUCAGAGCCAGGACGCCCCUUGGUAUCAGAGCCAGGAAGCCCCUUGGUAUCAGAGACAGGAAGCCCCUUGGUUACUCAGUGAGCAGUAAGGAAGACCUGGGAGAGAUCCUGCUGGUCCGUAUCAUUAAGGAACAGUACUUGUUAUUCCCAACUGAUACCUGGUUCUGUAGCUACAUCACCGUGACCUGCCCCAAGGGAGAACACUAUCGCUUCCCACUCUACAAAUGGAUCGAAGGCUGUGUGGAUGUUCCCCAGGGGAAGGGCAUCAUUGUAACCGAUGGAAUCAACCCCAUAGUGAGACAACAGAGAGAAUCAGAGCUGGAGAAGAAGCGAGAGACAUAUGGAUGGAAAACCUACAUGGAAGGGGCCCCUCGCUGUAUCAACACAGACUCUCCCACAGACCUGCCUCAUAGUGAACAAUUCUCCUUAUUGAAAGACUCCAGCUUUAGCUUUACUGCCAUAAGCACUAUCAUGAGUGUAACCCUUUGGGGUGCAUUUUUGGCCCAGUGUAUGCAAAGCAAAAUGAGGGGGACCAGGCUGUAUGUGGCUUUACAGUAACCGAAAUCUCAGCUGUGGAAGGAGGACAAAUUCUUUGGGUACCAGUAUUUAAAUGGCAUAAACCCAGUGAUGAUCAAGAAAUGUCUCCGGAUUCCCGAUAAUUUCCCUGUUGAUGAUGUAACAGUGUCUGCGACUCUAGGGGGGUCCACAACCCUCCAGGUGGAACUUCAGAACGGAAACAUCUUCCUGGCAGACUGCAAGAUCCUCGAGGGGAUCCCUACGAAUGUUAUUAAUGAAGAACCCCAAUAUCUUGUUGCCCCAUUGUGCCUGCUCUGGAAAUCCCCUCAGAAUAAAGUUGUCCCUAUAGCCAUUCAGCUAAAUCAAACCCCAGGGGAGGAGAACCCAAUCUUCAUGCCUACUGACCCCGAAUGGGACUGGAUUUUGGCCAAGAUCUGGGUGCGAAACUCUGACUGUCAGGUUCAUCAACUUGUAACCCAUUUCCUCCACACUCAUCUCUUCGCUGAGGUCUUCAAUAUUGCGACCAACCGGCAACUCCCAAUGGGCCACCCCAUCUACAAGCUUCUCAUCCCGCACCUUCGUUUCACCUUAGACAUCAAUACACUCGCCAGGAAACAGCCCAGGAGCUUUGUGGCCAACAUUGUCCGUUACUAUUACCCGAGUGAUGAGUCUGUGUAUAAGGACCCAGAGCUUCAGGCUUGGGUGGCAGAGAUAUAUAAGGAAGGGUUCCUGUCGCUCCAGUCCUCAGGAAUCCCAUCAUCCUUUGCAACCCAGGGGGAGCUGAUCAAAUACCUGACUAUGGUGAUUUUCAGAUGUUCGGCUCAACAUGCAGCUGUCAACAGUGGGCAGUAUGACAUCUACUCCUGGAUGCCCAAUGGCCCAUCCUCCCUGAGGAAGCCUCCCCCCACCACUAGGGGCACCGCCACCCACCAGAGUAUCCUGGAGACGUUACCGGCUGUUAAUGUAACUGCCAAAUCUGUGGCUGCUGUUCACCUGCUCAGUACAGAACCCAUGGACCGGAGACCCCUGGGGACGUAUCCAGAUGAGCACUUUACUGAGGAAAUGCCAAAGAUAUUCAUUAAGGAAUUCCAGGAGAAGCUGGCGGAGAUUUCCAAGGAUGUCAAGGAACGGAACCAGAGCAAGAGACUGAAAUACCAUUACCUGGAUCCAGAGGUGAUUGAGAACAGCGUCUCCAUCUAGUCUGGGCCCCAGAGAGCCAAUCAGUGUCUCCAUCUAAUCUGGGCCCCAGAGAGCCAAUCAGUGUCUUUAUCUAGUCU